GUCACAUGAAUGAAUAAUCACUCGAGUCUUUUCUUUCAGAAAAUCCUACGACAUGGGAUUACAUUAUUUUUCAAUUUUUGGUGCGCUGUUUGCGUUGUUUGCGCUCCGAGUAAGCGCUGCUCCUUUACAUAUCUUGCUGGUGGUUAUAGAUGAUUAUGGUUGGAGCGAUGUUGGGUUCCAUGGCUCCAAAAUAAAAACCCCAAACAUGGAUCAGCUUGCUUCUGAAGGAGUUAUACUGGAUAACUAUUACGUGCAACCGAUUUGCACACCGACUAGAAGCGCUCUUCUAUCUGGCAGAUACCCGAUACAUACAGGUAUGAUAAUGUACUUGUUUCAAUGAAUAAGAUUUCAUUAUUCUAUUACUAAAAUAUUUGGCCGAUUACACUUCGAUUUUUGCUUCUGGGGGAGGUAGGAAGGCGAUAUUGUCUGAUUGUUGGCAAAGGUGGUGGUGGUAGUGGUGGGGCAACAACUUUGUGCCAAGAAUGUCAAGAAUACAGAAGCCUGUGUCAGGGUCUCGGUCUUUGUACAGAAUAGCUUAGUAAAAUUAUUACAACCCAGAGAGAAAAAAUCAACAAUAAAAAAUUUUAGAAGCCUGUGUCAGGGUCUCGGUUCGCACGGGGGACCUGUACAUUUAGAGAGAAAAAUCGAACAAUAAAAAAGCGGCAGCAAGCGAAAAACAGUCUUCUUAUCGUAUACGUAAUUUGUUUCGUAUAUCUGUUUUUAUAUUGUAUUUUAAUGGGAAAACGGCGGGAAUGGAGAACGGGAGACCACCUCACUUUCUCUUCCGAGUCCUAACGCAGUUUUUCGUGGACAUUGAUACUUGUAUUAAUAUAAAUCUAGACCACCGUCCGACGUUCGCACGGGGGACCUGGCAGGUCUUUUUGGUCAUAGGUUAAGUACACCAGUUUAGUAAAAUUACUACAACCCAGCAGUAGUCACAAGAUUUUUAGUAACCAAUCAUUAUGCGACAAGUCUAGAGCGUAGCAAUUCUUAGAGCUGGGACAACUAGGGCUAUGCGCAUUUUAGUCUUUGCAAGCAGGCAAGCACUUCUAUCUAGCAAGCUUCUUUUAGCUUUUCAAGUAAUUUUCUUUUGCCCUCCCACCGCUCCCACGGACAGUCUUCUUAUCGUAUACGUAAUUUGUUUCGUAUAUCUGUUUCUAUUUUAGGACUUUGAUUAUAAGUUAGAAUAAGUAUUUUUCAAUAGGUGUACUAGGGUUACGCGUUUAUGUUUGUAAUAAAGACUGUCAGACCCCAAAGUGUGUACUUGUGGUGGUUUAGGCACUUUUUUUUUGAUCCGUUUUCCCCACUAUCGUAUCUUUGAGCCUGGAACAGGCUAAGAAUACCGCGACACAUACAAUUUAAUAGGACUUAUGUCACGCAAUUUUAAUUUCUAUCAGUUUAAAAAGGUUAGAAGUCUCUUCGCAUUGAUUGAAUUCCAAAAGUAAUGUUAUAGUUUUGUUAGUUGUAUUUUUGACGCAUUGUUUUUAAUUUCCUGUCGUCUGUUGCUAUGGAUGACGAGGAUGGACACGCCGAUUGAAACUUACGCCAUUAGGCUAAUGGCGUAUAGUGCUACCCGGGUAGUUUGUUCGAUAUCUUCUUCAUCAUUUUGUGUUUUUGUAAAGGCGCUAAGUAAUGACUUGAACGCAUAAUUGACCUAAAACAGCGUAGCCGCUUUAACUCGCUGGAAAAUUAUCAUGUGGCCAAUAUCGUCAGAAGUUCGAAUCCCGACGAAGUCCUUAAUCUUUUUCGAAGUUGCAAAAAUUGCAUUCGUGACCUAAUAAGCAUUACUUAUUUUUAAAUUCUUCAUUCACUGUUGUCUUCGAUUCAGGGCUUCAGCAUGGAGUGAUACGUCCUACAGAGCCUUAUGGACUUCCACUGAAUUUUACCACCUUACCGCAGCAGCUCAAAAAAGCUGGUAUGACAUUUAUUAUAAAAAUAAGUCAUUAGUUUUGUCGCAGUGGGAAAAGUAGACCCUCAAACUCUCCCAGGGCUUUUUCUCUUUUGGAACGAGCUGAGGUUGGUAGAACUUGGCUUAAUGACUCAUGACUGUGCAAAUUUCAAUAUUGUCCGAGAAAAUAAUGAUCGUCUGCGGGUGGUAGGGAAUUUGUCACUAAGAACUGUCCAUCAUCAAGGUGUCAGCAGAAGGGGAAUUUUUGCAAGACCUGCAUAGGUGUUGCUUGGUACUUGAUUGGAAGGUACUGAGAUGGAGUAUUACACAAGCCCUUUGGGUGAUCGGGAAGUGUGGCGAGUCAGAUAAAGGGCCCGUUUCUAAUACUAAAGUUGUUGUUGUUGUUGAUGAUGACAGAAAUAUAAUUUGUUUUACUUCAGGGUAUUCAACGCAUAUAGUGGGAAAGUGGCACCUUGGAUUUUAUGAAUGGUCAUAUACUCCUACUUACCGUGGCUUUGAUUCAUUUUACGGAUUUUACAUGGGAGCUGAAGACCACUUUAACCAUGAAAGAUAUGGCAUAGUUGACCUACGUGACAACAAGGAACCUGUUAAAGAUAAGGAAGGUGUACAUUCAGCCAGACUUUUUGCUAAGGUAAUCCUUGUUUGAGGAGCACUCGCCUCCCACCUUCGAAUCCUUGCUUCGACGCCAUAUGUCGCUUGAGUUAGUUGUUGGUUCUCUCACUUGCUCUGAGGGGCUUUUAUCCGGGUACUUCGGGUUUCCCCUCUCCUUAAAAACCAACACUUCCAAAUUCCAAUUCUAUGUGGAACGCACGGACAUGUUUCAACGAGUUCUCAAGAACUCCUAAGACUGCAAGUGCUCCGUGGAUAAACAAAUCAGUUACAACAAAUUACAAAUUACAAUUUUUUUAACACGGCGAUCAUCGCCAUCACGGUGCAAUUUAAAGAAUCAUACUUCAGAUAGUCAAUGAAAAGGUAUGCAUAUCCCCUGGAACUUGAAUAGUAAUUUUGAAAUCUUCUCAAGCUUCCAGAAAACGUAUGAAGCCUGGUUAGAAAUGCGUCGUCUAUAACGCUACUUUUUUUGCUAUUUUUGGCUAAAUAUAUCCUACUUAUAUAGUUUCGGCAUCUCCAACAGAGGAUAGUGGUCCUAUUAUCCUUUCGUGGUAUGCCAUAUAGAUAUAGUCACUUAGAUUUUCGUUGAACACUUUCUCCCUAUGAUCUAUCAAUAAACCACUGAAAAUAGUUUGUGAAAGCAGUUUUAAAUAAGGAAAGGCCUUAAACAUUUGUUAUUUUACACCAACAAACGGUAUUUUGUCCGAAGUUAAGGACGUUUGUGAAAAAAGUUCGAAAAACUUCCUCAAAACCAUUGUUUUUGUCCAAAAUCCUCAUCUUUUGUUUAAAUAAUACAUAUUGAAACCCUUAAGGUAGUCUCUGAAUAAAGGUCAGGCCAAGCCGACACUUUGAGCAGGUACCAAAGAUUUCCCCUUUUCCUUUUGUUUUCAGGAAGCAGAAAAUGUGAUCCUAUCACACAAUUCCUCAAGACCAUUGUUUUUGUAUCUACCAUUUCAAUGUGUGCACUCUCCUACAGAAGCCCCUCAAGAGUAUAUUGACAAAUAUAAAUUCAUUGACAAUAAGACAAGAAGAGAUUACGCAGCAAUGGUUGAUAUUGUGGAUGAAGCCAUAGGAAAUGUGACUAAAGCUAUGAAAAAGGCUGGGUGAGUAGCUCCACCUACUUGGCUAUAUAAUUCCCUGGGAUACUCCCAGUGCCGGAUACAGACCUUCAGAAAAGGGGGGAGGGUAAUUCAGACCCCGAGAUAACGGGAGGCGGUCUCAAAACAACUUUUAUUCGGCCCUUCGGGCCUCAGUUUGGUCUGAAAAUAAGGGGGGGGCACCCGGGCCCCUCUCCUGGAUCCGCCACUGACUCCCAUAUAGGUAUGCGCCGCCCCAAAGGGUAUGGUUUUUGCACCGUAUCGGUCUGAAAGCGGGUGUCCACUUUGCCCGGUUAAUCUGGAAUAGGGUGUGGUUUUCGAGGGAACUACGGGUGUGUAUGAAAGUAUUUGUCGUUUCAGUUCCGAAUGAAUAAGAAAGAAAGAGUAAUAUGCGAAUUCGAAAUGGCUUUUAAGAAAUCAUUUGAGGCAACCAAAUCUAAGUAAUAAUGAUAUAAUUUCUUAGGUCUGAAAGCGCGGGUAUUGAUUGUAGAGGCCAGGUCUGAAAACGGGUGUGGGACAUGACAUUUUUUGGUCUGAAAUAGGGUCAGAACCGAGCGGCAUAACUCACCAAGAAAUCCUAGGAGUAUCCCCUGGGAUAUAAACAGGCAGCAUAGCCUGGGGGAAGGUUGCUGCAUUUCAAUUCGGCUGGCGUCCAGGGUUCCAGUCCUAAUCUGCGUUCAACUACUAGGUUAUGCUACAAUCUUGGACAGAAUAAAAUGGAACAGCAGUCCUCCAUCCCCCCAGGAAUCAAGUACGAAGCCUCGGGAAAGCCAAAAUGCGCCCUUUUCCCAUCCUCAAUUUGCCGGGAGGGCUAAAUGUUCCGUCAAUUUUGUCCAAGAUUGUAGCCUGCGUGGCAAGCACAUAAAACAUUUACGGCCCAAAGUAGGAGGUGGCGCGUGUAGGGGAGCGUGUCGUGCGUGUCCUCCUCUCUCGAACGAAUCAUUUCACUCGCGCUGAACAUCUGUCUGCCACGCAUGCAGGCUUCAAUUUUUUAUUAUUCAAUUGACCUAGCUGCGGCUAUUUAAAUCGGUGCGAGCGCUGAAUGAAAAUUUUUACCAAUCGUAGCGAUUAUAUGGAUACAUCACUUCAAUGAUCGUCGCAUUGAUAGCAAGUGCUGAAAAAGACUUUUGCAUAUAUCCGCUCUACAGUUGCUACAAUCGCUCAGAUCGCAAGUCUUUUUCAGUGAUCCCAUCCAUUCGGGACACCAACCGUUAAAGCGAUUUUGGUUUGACCUCCCAAAAUAGAGUUGAAAAGUCCAAUACAUGGAUUCGUCGUUUCGUCUAAGGCUUCUUCAGGAAUCUUGGGCAAUCUUUCUUCAGUUGGCAAUGCUUUGAGCAUACGCUAAACCAAAUAAAAUCUUGAGGUUUUUGUGACAUCCGGAAUAUCCAAGGUCGAGGUAAUUGUUAUCAGCUGAUAACACUUACCGAAUCUAAUACUUGUUUUAUUAUACAGUGUUUUGGGACAAAUAACGACAUAUCCACCGUCCCAUUGUUUUUGGAAAUCAUGCAUUGCGCUCGCAACCUACAGGUAAGUCAGUUAUCUGCUAGCAGAUAACUAACCAAUCUGUAGGUUACGCUGAUUUCAAAAUUAACUGGAGGAUCUUAGCCAAUGAGAAGAUAGAUAGUGAGUACAAUGUAUAAUAAUACUAUUUGUUAUAUAAACACCAAUGAAAUACCAAGUGAGCUUUCGCGCGAAAACUUGAUAUCUUAUGUGAAAAUAACAUGUUAUCUUCACAUGUGAAAAUAUCACCACUGCUAUGGCUUCAUAAUAAACCGCACCUUUCAGAACAAAAAACUAUUUAAGUAAAAUGGUUUGGCAUUUCAUUGGUGUUUAUAUAAUAAAUAGAACAUUACAUGGUCGACACUCGAAUAGAAAUUUCGUAUCUCCGCGCGGCCGUGUGACAUCCUCUAUUUUUAUCAAGCUGCCUAUUUUCUUGUAGUCUAUGGGACGACACCUUGUUGAUUGUUUCUACCGAUAACGGAGGUAUUCCAAGUAGCGGAGGUUAUAACUGGCCCCUCCGUGGAUACAAAGGCACCCUGUGGGAGGGAGGGGUCAGAGGAGUUGGAUUUGUCCAUGGAAAAAUGCUUCAGAGAACUGGCGUCAAGUGCAAAGAACUCCUUCACGUGACAGACUGGUACCCAACCCUUCUCUAUUUGGCAGGUAAAGUUUAAAGGUUGUUUACCACUCAUCAGACCAUUUACAAAACUUUUCCGGAAAAUCCGGUUGGAAAGUAAAUUAAACUCUCUUUUUUAUUAGUAUUUAUUUUUUUUUAUUUCGCACACACAAACAAUUACAAUACGUUACAUUUACAAUUCAUUACAGGUAACUGUUAUCGUUUACAAAAAAGAAAUAAAAAGAAAGAGAAAGACAAAGUCCACAAAAAUACUAUAGUUUAUAUAUUAACAAUUAGGAGAAGGCUGCCUGCCUUAUGGUCCUCCAUCACCCAUAAUCCGCCCGUUUGUCACUUGCGCUUUAAUUAAUUGUAUUGGUCAAAUUAUAUUCUGAGGGGCAUUGUUUGAAAGUAACCCAUUUCUUGCUAAAAGAGGCUAAGUUAUUACUAUCAAACGCAUCUGUUUCUCAAUUUCCAAAGUAAAUUAAAGUAAGUAAAUUAAACUCUACUUUUUGGGUCGUUCCAGGGGAACAUUUCCGGGAGCAGCAGAACGUCUGAAAAGGUAGUCCAGGGGUGGUGCUUACCAUUUACACAAACAACCCUGGUGGAAAUCUUGUGAAUGAACAUAAUGCUUUAGAAUUUGGCGUGGUGGGACAAUAACCCACUACAAAGUAUAUCGAAAUCAACUGAACAGACUGAAAAGUGUAGAGAAAUUGCAUCGCCUCAAAUUACAGCCCAUAUUUUCUGAAGCUUCCCAAUAAACGGAAUGGUGAGAACCAUUUGAUUUUCCAACAGGAGUCUCCGGUUUUCCCAUGUACAUGUUCCAAAAGGAAAUUCGUGCUCCAUUUCUUCAAAGCUAUUUUUGACACCUUUCUCGGGCUUUCGCGGCCAUUUUUCGACAAAUUAAGGUGAUUUGUACAAAUGCUAAACGUAAUUUCGGGAAGAAAUUUACCAGUCCCGAAUUUUGCUUACCAUUAAAUUUGCCCAAAUCGACUGGUUUGCCCAUGUCAAUGGUAAACACCCUUUAAGUUGCCUUGUAUUUUUCAUAUGGGUUUUGAUUUUACACCAAGCAACACAGUGGCUAGUCUGCUACACAGCCGUUUUUAGUGUCGUCACGCAACGCUCCUCCCCUUCGGGCCUCUUGGUCUAAAAAUAAGGGGGGCCCCCCCGGGCCCCUCCCAUGGAUCAGCCACUUCAACAGUUGUUCAAAAGGUGGAUAGAAGUAUCCUCUGGAUAAAUUCUACUCAAUCCCAAUUUUUUAGGCAUUGAAGAUGACGGGACUCUUCCUCCACUGGAUGGCUUCAACAUUUGGCACAGCAUAUCUGAAGGAACUGCGUCGCCAAGAAAAGAGAUUCUACACAAUAUUGAUUUGUCUCCAAGCAAAAGCGACUUCUCAAAAUUUGAUACCCCCGACUAUGAAGGCAUUACAAUCCGUGUUGAUGACAUGAAGCUGUUGAUGAACGUCCCCAAUAUGACGUGGUACAAACCGCCGGAAUUACUCCCGCAUUUAACUAAUGAAGUCAGAAAGGUGCGUACAAUUUUUUUCCGUAAUAAACUGAUCACCCUUCUUUGUGAUAUACUUAACACCCCUGAGUUCAUUCAUUCAGAGAUCUUUCCAUGAUAUGUAUACAAUCCUGAGAAAGCGAAUAACAUGGUGAAAAAUAGAAAUAACAUCUGCAUCAUCCCAGCUGUCCCAUUUUACCAGCGAGUUCAAGGAUUGAAAUUGAAAACUGCUGCUUCACAGGUGGUUUUAUAAAGUGUCGUUUAGGUUCUAACACUGCUGGAAAGUAGUAUUUGGAAUUUGUUGGGGAGGCAAAGGGUAGUUGUACACUCUGUACAGCGGUCAAUGUUUGAAAAUUCUACACAGCAACUGAGAGAGAAAUUGGCAAAAAGGCAGGAAAUUAUGCAAAGAAAUGUUUCUCCAGUAUACUGAUGUACAUUGACAGUAUAGUAAGCCUGAAGCGCAAAAAGAAUAUAUGAGAAUACCAUUAACUACCGCGUAUAAGCCCCCCUUCUCACCCCACUUAUAAGCCCGUCCCCCCAGUUAUAGGCCCACCUACCUGUAAACAAAAAAAUACAUCCGGUUAUACCCCCCCCCAAUAGCUCCCCUCCAGCUUGUAUUCAAAUAAAUUCGAUUUUGACGUCGUUUUGAGGCUCAAUAAGGAGAGUAAAUUCAAAACGUAUUUUGAUCAGCACUGCCAUCAAGUCGCCUUUUAUAGUCCGGUUAUGUAAGCCCCCUCGGAUAUAAGCCCCUCCCGUUGGUAAGCCCCCUCGGAUAUCAGCCCCUCCGGUUAUAAACCCCCUCGGAUAUAAGCCCCUCCCGUUUAUAAGCCCCCUCGGAUAUAAGCCCCUCUGGUUAUAAAUCUCCUCGGAUAUCAGCCCCUUCGGUUAUAAACCCCCUCGGAUAUAAACCCCUUCAGAUAUAAACCCUUCGAAUAUAAGCCCCUCCGUUUUUAAGCUCUCCUAAAACCCCUUACGAAGUUGUAUAAGCCUAGGGCUUUUAAGCGGAAGUUUACAUUAGGUGGUUUUAAUAACAGUGUGCCUGUUUACACAGUAAUGUAUCAGUUCUAUAAUCUGCUUUGGCCUUCAAACGUAAAUUGUUUUACUGAGCCUUUGUACGAGAUAGCAGCUGAUCACUGUUAAAUUUGGUUAACAGAAUUUCGAUGAUAACAUCAAAGUUGCCCUAUUCAACAUCACUGCUGAUCCAAAUGAACACAUCGACCUCAGCGAGCAACUCCCGGAUGUGGUAAAGAAGUUACAGGACAGAGUACAGUAUUACAUGAAGGGGUUAGUCCCUUCGGGAAAAAAACCCGCUGACCCAAAAGCCAUGGAAAUGGCGCGUAAGAAAGGAUACUGGGGCCCUUGGAGAGGUUGAGACGGUUACAAAUCUUGUAUUGCAUGCUCAUUUGCGGAUUGUUUUUAAGGUGAUGUUACACGAGACGAUUCGCAACGACGAUUUUUAGCGCAACACAGGGUUGCAAGAUUGUUGAGAC